CAGAAGACGACUCGAAGAGCCCAUCGUUUAGAUUCUGUGUUUGUGGUAAAGAAGAGGACGAAUGGAUGAUUGAGUGCCAGUUGUGUAACGACUGGUUCCACAACACAUGCAUUCAGAACUUGCAAUCGGUUUAUAUGAGGAAAAAGCAACAAAUGAGUCAAUCGUCACAAACUGUGGCCACGGAUUGGCCGCAACCCCAACAGCACCUCAUUUGCGAUCUCUGUUCGCGCGGACGUCGCCCUAAAGUGGAGACUAUUUUGACGCUCUUGUGUUCACUACAGAAACUUCCGGUAAGACUACUGGACGGCGAACUACUCCAGUGUUUGGCUGAACGCGCCAUCAAUUGGCAGAACAGAGUCCGCGAAGCAAUUGAAUUGCACCCGGAUUUAGACAACGCCUACAAUCGGGCCAUUAAAUUGCAAUCCGAUUCCACACUUGAUUUGUCACAAAAGAGAGAGGAAAUGGCGGCCGAAGAAGCGACCGCUCAGGCGUUACUUCAGUUACAAAGAUCUCAACCAAUCAUUAGUCACUCAUCGGAAAUGCAUUCUCCGAGCGCUUCCACAAUGGUUUCAAACGAGACAAUGGUUUCGAACACAUCUCCAGAAGUGUCGCCAAUGAAAAACAAACGCAAAUCACCGCUAAUUCUGAGGGGUGAGACGGCAGCGCAACCUCUCAUCGAAUUGAGUCCACAAUCACUGGAACUGUUGUCGGAAUUGCUAUUCGAAGGCAAUUGUCUUGAAGUGAGUUUAGAGGAGACGUCGCAUCUAUGGCUCGUUUGGCAGUUGUCUCAACCCAAUUAUAGGACUGUUUUGAGGAAUAAUAACAUCGAAGACACGGAGUUUGAGAGCAAUAAAAGAAAGUCUGUUUCGGAAUCAGACGGCGAGACCCAAAACAAGAAGAAGAAGCAAUUGAAUGGAAAGGAAAAAGUGUUGAAAAGCGGUUCCAAAAUGAAAAGAAACGGAAAAAGAGGCAAAUCUUCGGAUACGGAUGAACUCUGUUCUAUGAAAGACAAGUGUCUCAAACCCAACGUGGCUGAAGUGAAUUGGGUCUACUGUGAGGGUGGGUGUGAGGGAUGGUAUCAUCAGUUGUGUAUUGGUAUCGAUAAUCCCGACGAAAUCGCAUCACUCGAGAAGUUUUAUUGUAUUCAUUGCCGACAAUUAAAGGAUUGAUUGAUAACAUUAUGAACAUUGAUUUGACGUACAAUUAGUGGAAUUUAGUUUAUAUUUGACACCAUUUUCGAGUGAAUGUAAAGAAUUGGUAAUUCGUAUAUAAAUUAUAUUAUAUUGAUAUACAAACA